AUGAGUUUCCCAUUACUUAAACUACCAUUUAUACCGCUGGAACUAAUUCUUCUCAAUGCAAAUCUAGCGGAGCUAACCCAUUUCUCAAUGAUAUCCAAAAAAAGUUAUCGAUUAGUAAAUAGCCUCAGAAUUCCAUAUCUGAAUUGUUUGGAUUUACACGUCACUAAGGAGUCGACUCAGAUCAAAUUCAAGGCUGGAAAGGUCUGUAUUGGCGGAUGGCAUUUUUUAAAUUAUACAGGAGGAGAUGAUGAUGAAGAGGAUACAUUAAUCGAUAGAUUCAUUGGGAACUGUGAAAUGAAGAUAUUCAUUCUGGAGGACCGCAUCUACUCAUUGACUAGACAUGAUGUCAAGAUAUCAGUUAGAGCUGGAUGUGAGUAUUUGAUGGAUUUAUUCAAAGUGAAUGUAUACAGAGGUUACCUCUACCCAGACGAUGUGCCAAUGACACGACAGCCUUAUUUCUAUCCAUUCAAAAAGAUUGAUUUGAUAUACAUAGUUGGAAAAAAGGCAAUGAAAAACGAAGAUUUCAAAAAAGCGCUGAAUGAUACAAUUGCACAACUAGAACUACUUGUUUCUAUCCCAGUGAAUAUCAAUUUUCGCUUCAAUCAAUUUCAAAUUGAAGCAAAAUAUCUCAAGUUUUGUAAGCAUGCUUUUUGGAUUAGAAGCAAACAGUUUCUCAAUUUUGAUUUAAACUACAUACGACUACAAGAGUGUAUGCUAAUUCCAAUUGAUUGUCAACUAUUCGUCCUCCGAUGGUUUUACUCGGAUAAUACAACAUUCGAAACUUUGCUUCUUUCUCUUUUAAACACUCCAGAGAUAACUGAUUUUGAUGAAUUGGAACCAGUGCCAUUUGACGCUGAACGAAGACAAUUCGGGUUCAAGUUCAACUUUAGCACAUACAUCGACUGUACCCAUGGAUUCGAUAUAAUCCGCCAUGACGGACUACUGGCCACUAUUCUCAUCCAAGGCUUCUAUUUUGUCUUCCAUGUUUGGCAUGACCGCUUCCCGGAUGUAGAAGGACUUGUGAAUUUCAUCAAUUGA